AUGGAUAUUUAAGAUAAACAUAAAGUGAACUCUAUUCUUUCAAAAUCUCCUCUCACAAUUACAAAGCAAGAAUUUCAUCAAGUUAGCGAAUUAAUCUUAGAAUAUAAAUUGAAUGGUUUUGUUAUGGUAUUAUUACGAAUGCAAGAGUAUUAUUUAUAUUUUGACAUUCCAUUAUCAAUUAAACAUAAUAUAGAUUUAUUAUCAUAUAUGGACUAAGAAAGAAUCAAUUUUUUUGAGCUUAUUGGAUAUACAUACUUUAACUAUGGAACAUACCUUAACUUUUAUUAGAAUCUAGUUUUAUUUAAGUAUAAAUAAAUUACUAGGUUGACCUAAUAAAACUCAAUUCUUUUACAUAAGGUUAUUGGUGAUAUUGUUGCUUCAGUUUGGUGGCAUUAUGAAUUUUUCAAAUAAACUACCCACUGUUUAUUUGGAAAUUAAUACUGCAAGUUAGUAAAAAUAAUUUAGAAUGAAUAAAAUGGAAAAAAUGAAUAGAUGAAUCUACAAGAAUACUCAAAAUUAUCAAAAUAUUUUUAACUUAUUAUUAGUAAUUCAUUAAGUUAUAAUUUGAACGAAACCUAAUUAUCAUAAGAUGCUGAUGAAUUUAUUUAGAUUUUAUUAAAGAAAGAUGAGUUAAAGUUUUUAGAUAUCUUAAUUUAUAUAUAAUAGACUUCAUCAAUUUCACUUAAAAAAAGAUUAAUCUAUUAUAAAUUACUAUUCUAUUAUUGGUUAAUAAGUAAAUAGUCAUAAUUGUCAAGAGAAACUUAAUAGAAGUAAAAAACAAUUCUCUCUAAAUCUACAAUAUAAUAUAGAAAUACUUAAUCCCAAAGCACAUCAAGAAUAUUUGGAAAUUAAUAAUAAUCCGGAAUAUUUUGUUCUUCCAUUAUGGGCUCUAGAAUUCAGUCACAUUUAUCCAGCAGUUCUAUACGCUUCAAAAAAACUUCAAAUUAAAUUAAACAAUAUUUGUAAGAAAAUGUCAUCAAUUUAGAAGAAUCACUAUAAGAUUCAGAAUUAUCUAUUUAAUUUGAUUAAUACAAUGAACAUUUUUAAAAUUUAAUAGAGGGUCUGUCAAUUUAUGAAAUUAAUAAUUGGAGCGAUUUAGUUGAUUUGUCCGAUUAAAGCAUUUAAAUUUUGAAAUCAGUUUUAGAAAUCAUUAAUAUUGAAAAACUUGUUUAAGCUUAUUCUGAUAAAUAUAUCUCUUUAAAAUCCUAUUGUUUGAUAAUAAAUAGUACUGAAAAUUUUAAUUAACAUGUCUAAUUUAUUGACUAGUUAGCAAAUAAAACUUAAUAUUACUAAUUUCCAAACCCAACAGAAUAAUUUUAUAUUUUUUAUGACUACAUUAAAACCAAACCUUAAAUAGAAUAAAUCGAAAUUAUUGGAUUAAUCGGUCUUAGAUUAUAAUUUACUAAAUCAUAGGUAAAUACUUUUUAUAGAUGUUUACAAUUAGAAGUAUAAGAUCAUUUUACAGUAACAGAAGCUGCAAUUAGAUUAAAAAGUAUUCAAACUACAUAAAAUUGUUUGAAGAAUAGAGAUUGGUUAUCAUAAAUCAAUUAAGAGGACUGGCUUAUGUUAAAAGGAAUAGUAUUUUAGUAAUGUUUAAUUGAUAUUUUUUAUCUUAUAGUUUAGUGUUGUUUUGAAUAAUAAAUAUAUUUAAAUACCUGGCAUAUAAUUUUGAAGAACCUAUUUUAAAUAAUAAUUGUAAGCCAAUCAAAAGAUAUUUUAUUACAUUUCUUUUAAUUUGUGAUUUCUAAUGAAGGAGAUUUUUCAAGUUUUAUAAAUUUAUUUUUGGUGACUGAGCCGCCUAAAUUUUAAAAUACUUAGUUUUAAGAUGUGUUAAAUUUUGUUGAGAGAAUACUGAUUUUAGAAAAUCUAAAUAAAAAAAUUAACAUUCUAAAAGGUUUUCAGGUAGUAUAUCCAUUUCCUUAAAUAUUUUAUAUAGAUUUUAUUAUCAAUAAUAUUAGCGAAAGUUCUAACAGUCUUAUUUCAUACAUUAAAAUAAAAUAUAAUUAACACAACGAAGAAUUAUUGUCAUAGAUUUGUUUUAUUUUGCAUUAAUCUGAUUAAGAAUUUUAUUCUAAAUUUAUAUCUCCUGAAGAUACCCCUGGAUUAGAUUUACAAUUUUAGGUGGAAUCACAAUUAAGCUAACAAUAAGCUCUAUUAUUUCAUUAAAAAAUUGUAAAAUAACUAAAUUUACCUCUUAAAGAAGAUGUAAUAAACAGUAUUUAAAACUAUCUUAAUCCUUUGAAAGGUAAUUGCAAAUCUGUAAUAAAGGAAUUAGAUUAGAAUAUUUUCAUUCAUUAAAUUAGAGAAAUCUAAGAUUAACAAAUCCUUGAAUAUGUUCUUAAUCAUAAAUAAUAUAUUGAAAAAUCUGUCGAUAAAAAGGUAUCCUACGCUAAGUUUCGAAUCUAAAAAAAGCUAUAAUAAAUAGAUAAUUUAAUAGAUAAAUAUCAAAAAUAUUUGUUAAGUGUAAAAUAAAUAAAUAAAAAAAUGAAAUUUCCACAACGAUCAAAAUAUUAUGUUAAAUAAGAAUAUCAUAAUUUAAUUGAACCUGAUUCUCUCAUUUAUAUCAUAUUAAAUGAAAUACUUUUGGUUUAAAGAAAUAUAUUAAGUUACAAUUUAAUCAAUUCUGAUUAUUAAGAAAUUUUUGUAAUUCCUAAAGUAGAUAAUGAUGGUGAUAAAAGUUUAAAUGAUUCAUAGAUUAAUGAAGGAUCUCAAAGGAAAUUAAUUUAAGAAAUAAUUUAGUAUUAUAUAAAAAUUGGAGAGACAGAAAAAAUACCAAUUUUAAAAAAUUUCUUGGAAUAAUUGGAAAGUGAGAUGAAUAAAUAUUUUCAAGAAUUAAAGUAAUUUAAAGAGGAUAUAAUAAUUAAAGAUCUUGAUGAUUAGAUAAAUGAAUUUAGAAAAAUUUAGAUUGGUUGCGCUGAAUAAUGUCCAUUUUGCGGUAGAAAAUGUGAUUAGAAUGUUUUAAAAAAACAUAGACAUAAAUGUUCUACUGGUCAUUAAAUUAGAAGUAAUGAUUAUUUAAAUAAACUAUUUUAGGUAUGAAAGGAAUUUUAAUAGACAAUAAAUUAUCAUUGUUAACUUGUGAAGAAUGGCAGGAUGAUUAUAAUAUUUUUGUUUAACAAGAUAAAUAACUUAAAAAAUGGAAAGAUUUAAAGUUAAAAUAUAAAAAUUGGAAUUUUUGUAAUUACAAAGAUAAUCAAGAUUUAAGUAUUCAUUAAUUAAAUUAUUAAAACUAUUGGAAUAAUAGGGUUGGUAAAAUUAUAUGCAAUUUUUUAAAUUGUAGAUUUUUUCCAAAAAUGAUAAAUGAAUUUAAUUUCUUCCAUCAUUAUAUCUUCGUUAUUGAUGAAUCUGGAUCAAUGGCAGGAUAAAAAUGGAAGAUUAUGUUGGAAGUUUAUGAAUAGUGUUUUACAGAAUUACAAAAAAUUCCAAAUAAUAGAAUAACAGUUAUUUAAUUUAGUGAUGAUGCCAGAUUUAUUAUUGGACAUGAUUAGCCUGAAAAAAUUUAGACAUCAGAAUUAGUAAGAUAAUUUAAUAUGAUGUCUGGAGGAACUAAUUUUGAGAAUGCUUUCCUUUUGUUAUUUUAUGCUAUCUAAAAAUUCAUUGCAGAAUUUGAUUUGUAAAUUUUAUCAAGAUAUUUAAAUUAGUUAAACUAUUUUAUUUUAUACUGAUGGGGAUGCUGAUUUUCCAAAAAUAUCCAUGGAUUUGUUUUCAUAAAUCUAAUAAGAACUUAGGUAGAAGAUCGACAUUUUAAUUUGCAGUGAAGUUUAAGAAUCAAAAUCUUUAUAGAAAGUUUGCAAUAUUUUCUAAUAAAAAAUGGGUAAAGGUAUGAUAAAAGAAAAUGUCAGCAUUGAAUAAUUGGGAAAAAUACUAAAUGAAAAAAUAUGUUAGAAAUAUUGA